UGGCUCAUCUGAAGAAGUGUAUGAGCUAGCAUGCACGAGUGACUGUGAUUAUCACUCGAGCGUAGCUGGUCUCAUCGCCGCAUCCACAGACGCUCUUCUUUCCAAGGCGCGAAGCCUCGAGGAAGCCUGUGCUGAUGCCGAGUGGAUGCGUGAUGUACUGCCGGUCUAUCGCGAACGCUGUUUGAAGACUUCUGAGUACGCCUCUCCGCGCAGUCGCCCCUCGAAAGCUGCUGGUUGGAGGGCCGUAAGGCAUCUGAGAGACUCCUCCUCGCCUUGGUCUCUCACUGAUUUGGAUGCCAAAUUGGAAGUUUCAUCGCCUAUAGAAGCGGAAUUCGCAAGAGAUGGUCUUCCACUGAGCAGAAAUGAGGAUGAGCGUGUCAGA